AUGGUGACAGAAUUGUCAAUCAAGAGCAAGCUUGAUGAAUUUCGUUUGUUUUUCGACCUGAAGCAAGGACCAUGGGACAGGCUCCGAGGCCAAUUGAACACCCACGUCCAGUCAAACUACUCUUGGACAAGUCUUAGGGACAGCAAGACUCUGCGUCUUCUGUGCGCCGAGGAAUUUCUUGAGGAAUACGCAACCAAGUAUUGGGGUGACGAAAAUCGAGAGAAUAAUCUGAUUGAAGAUCGUCUCGAUGGGAAGGAUAGCGGUUGCAAAUACCCCGAUGACGAGACACCAAAGAAAGCCAUCAAGCAAAUGCUUGAUGUCAACCAGCUUGAUUCUACCAUUUCGACGCCGCUACCGAGCGUCGAGAUUACUCAACGAUUUCCAAGUCGCCAGAAAGAAACCGCAGGAGGAUUGUUCGGUCCUGGGCGUCUUAUUACCGGUGGUUAUCUUGCUUCUCCGCGCGCUGCUACCGAAGGUCUGAUUUCUCGAUAUGAUUUGAUGAGCAUGUCUCUGCUACGUCCGUCGGUAAUCCCUGGUCAAUUCAACGCCUCUGCAGGCCUUCUCCGGAAGGAUGAUCCUCCAACCACAGAGGUCGUUCAGCGCCCAAAAACGCACCCCGGAUCGAACAUGUUGGCCACCUACUUCCUGGUGACCUCAUCAGAAUUCGACAACCCACAGGAGCCCGUAUGCGUCCCUUUCGAAUUCUACCAUGACGCGGACGACUUCCUGAACAAAAUGGAGAAUAAAGCCGGCGACGCAGUCUCCCAGCAACUACUAUCUGAGAUGGUCUGCCUGAACCGGUGUUACGCGGUGGUCCAUCUAAAUUGGAGCGGCGUCUCGUUCGUGAUUCGCCGUGGCGGGCAGGAUCUGCAAGCACUGGAGAAUCGAGUGAUCUGUGCUUGGAACGCGAAAGACGAGGGCGCGCUCAACAUGAUCGAGUUUGAGAUUGGGGUGACUCUCAAGCCUGAUAUUUGA